CUUGAGCUCGCGAAUGGACCUCUUGACGCCCCUCGCCACCAUCACCUCACGCAGCUCGUCGAUGGCGACGGGGCUGCUCCAAUCCAUCUGGACGCCUCGCAGUAUGCGAAGCGCCGCCAACGACUUCCCGUCAGCGGGGGGGCCCACUCAGCAAAUCGGCCAUGUCGUCUGCGGCCCCCGCUGUAUAUGUGCAGCACCUCGAUUGCCUUGCAGUCCUCCAGCCAUGACCUCCCGCCCUUCUGUGCCGGAAACCGCAACAGUUGCGUGGUGAGCGACUUGACGGCAGGUGUGUGCCACUGGCGGCCCACGCGAGCCGGCAUGCAGUCGUUAGCCGACAUGCAGUCGUUGGCUAUGUUGUCGACCGUCGUGAGUGCCGGCAGGUGGAUGGGGGCGGUGGGGGCGGGGGGCAGAUCAGACGAGGGGGGCGGGUCGGGGAUUUCAAUGCUGUCGUCGAGCUCGACGGCCUCGAAUGACAGCACCUCCAAUGUGCCCUCGUCAGCCGACCGGCUGCCGUCAUCAUCAUCUUGCCCCACCGCAGCAGCACUGGCAGCUGCCCCCUCCCCUCCCUCCCUCUUUUGUCUCUUCUUCUCUGCGAUGGCCGCGCGCCCGAUGGCAUGACCCUCCACCAGCGCCACCCAGGUGCCGCGACACCAGCCCUCUCGCCAGUGGGGAUAGCGGUGCUUGAUCUCUCGCAAAUUAGCCGCUCUCUGCCCCCACUUGUGCGCCACGUCGAGUGGCAUGGUCUCCCACAUCCGCCCCGCCGUGUCGUCCUCACAGUCGAUGACCAGUUUGGUGUAGUUGGCGGCCGACUGAUGGAAGAGGGGCGUGCCCAGGCGGCGCCAGAGGGGCGUCAGCUCCCAGGGCUGCAGGUGGCCGAACACGUUGGCCAACUCGUCGCGAGCCAGCCGACGACGGGCCUGAAGUGAUAAUCAACAUGACAUCAAAGUAAGGUCAAGAUGGUUUAGAUGUCAGAUCUGUCAUGGUGGCGGACUGACCGGUCCUUCGACGGGUGGUGCGUUGUCGCUUCGAUGAAUCAGACGAUAUGAUGGGCCGGCGACUACGGGAGCCUACAACACCAGCACAGCAAUGCAGAAUGGAGAGAUCCCUGCGUAGCGAUGGCCGGCCACUUCACCCGCUGAUUGAUCUCACCUGUGCCUCUGGGUGUUGCUGUGCCUCCGUGGUCGGUGUGAGUGCAUCCACAGCACCGGUCAGGCCGGGCUCUCCCUGCUCCAGCUGGGUGGUGAGUGCAUUCAGCAGGGAGGCCAUCGAGCCCAGCUGAUGAUUGAGCACCAAUGCCUCCGGAGACGACGCCUGAAGACCGAAUGAAUCACACAGAGGACCGCACAGUGACCGGCGCGUUUAUCCGCCAGUGAGUUUGACCCACCUGUGCAGCGAUGCUGGCGGCGUCUUGCUCAAGAAGGCGCGACAACUGUGCUAUGAUCUAUUCACACCACACACACCACCACACACCACACACAGCACUGUGCAGCCGAGGAAGCGGCAAGGAAAUGACAUCGUGCGGCGUACCCUGUCCUGAAUGGGCUGCAGGUUCACCAAGCUGUCCUUCACAGCCUGUGCGUUCGCAACAACAAGCUAAAGGGGACGCCAAGCCAACACACACAGCAAAGCAGUGAAGGCCUUUCUCCGUCUGGAUUCUCUCUUUUGUGCUCCUGUGUCAUCCAUCCUCUGCCCUCCCGCUCAUCGCACUCACCUGACUGACGUCCAUGGCGGAUCAGAUCAGUCCAUGUGUGUCUGGCGACGGAAACCAGCCACAAGCUAUCAAAGUGCAAAGGCGGCAGCAAUCACGCCCCUGCGAUGAGUCUAAAUCCUCCAAAAUCG